AUGGGCUUCAUCGGCGUCUACCAAGCCCUCUACGACUACGAGCCCCAGUCGGAGGGUGAGCUGGUCUUGGUGGAGGGCGACCUGCUGUACAUCCUCGAGAAGAGCGCCGAGGAUGCGUGGUGGAAGGCCAAGAAGAAGGCUGGCGAGGAUGAGGAGGAGGAACCUGAAGGCUUGAUACCAAAUACCUACAUUGAAGAGGUACAACCAAAAGCCCACGCUCGCGCUCUUUUCGACUAUACGAGACAAUCAGACGAGGAACUUUCUUUUCCCGAAGAUGCCCAACUAGACGUCUACGACGACUCGGACCCCGACUGGAUCCUCGCCCGUUACGAAGAUGACUACGGUUUCGUGCCGUCCAACUAUAUCGAGAUUCAAGAUGGCGCCGCAGAAGAAGCGUCUGCACCGGUACCACAGCCACCAGCUCUGCCCGCAAGGACCCAGGUUGAUGAAUCACCUCAACCUUCCCCGGGCGAGGCGUCGCCGGGCAGCUCGGCAGUGACUGGUUCCGUGGCUGCGACUGGGGCUGCUGCUGCGCUGGCUGGAGUCCUAACCGCGAAAGCCGCCUCAUCUUCUGCUGCCGAGACCAGAUCGGCCCCUCCUCCGCUUGCUCUUCCCCCUAGGCCUACCUACACCUCCGAUGGCAGUGACACUGAGGAUGCGAAGUCGCCGCCGCUGCCGGCUCGGCCUCGCGAGCAGUCGCACCGCUCCAUGGACCAAGCCGUGGUCUCACCUCACUCCCCGCCGUUGCCGCAGCGGUCAGUCAACUUUGCCGAGCGAGACGACGUCAUCGAUAACUACCAGAUGCCAACUUCUCCGGGACUCUCACCUGGUGGCUUCCGCAUGUACAACAUCAACGAAAUGGUAUCUGUGCUCGGCAAGAAGAAAAAGAUGCCCACGACACUUGGCAUCAACUUGAAGACGGGCACUAUCUUGAUCGCACCAGAAAGGGCGCAGGACGGGCCAUCGCGCGAGUGGACGGCCGAUAAGAUGAGCCACUACUCUCGCGAGGGCAAGCACGUCUUCUUGGACUUGGUGCGUCCCAGUAAGAGCCUGGACCUGCAUGCCGGGGCAAAGGAUACAGCGGAGGAGAUUGUUAGUGUCCUGGGAGAGCUCGCUGGUGCCAUCAGGGCCGAGGGGUUGCGCGAGGUCAUCAUGGCGGGCACGGGGCAGCAACAAAAGAAGGGACAAGUGCUCUACGACUUCAUGGCGCAGGGCGACGACGAGGUCACUGUUGCUGUGGGCGACGAGGUCGUCAUAUUAGACGACACCAAGAGCGAGGAUUGGUGGCAAGUGCGCCGAGUCAAGAAUGGUAAGGAGGGCGUGGUUCCGAGCAGCUACAUCGAGGUUAUCGGAACGGUGCAGAUCCAGCCGACAAGCGCCGCAUCAGGCGUCAACGCGGGCAAGUCGACCGUGGCCCAGAACCGACUCGAAGAGGAACGCCUUACGAAAGAAGCAGUUCGUGCAGCGAUGAAGGACGAGAGACGGCAAUCAGAGGUAGGGCCUGGAAUGAGGCUGCCCGAGCGCAACAGCAGCCUGUCGGGAAGGUCGAGGACUGAUAGUAACAAUGUUGGCCAACAGCGAAGCAGAGAAAAUGGAAACUCGUCCAGCUCCAAGCCGAAGUCAAAGCCGGAUUCAUCAAAGGUAAGGACGUGGACAGACCGAUCCAAGUCCUUCAGCGUGGAAGCGCAGUACCUCGGAUUGAGGGAUGGAAAGAUCAACCUCCACAAGAUGAACGGCGUCAAGAUUGCAGUCCCGAUCGCCAAGAUGUCGGUCGAGGAUCUCGAGUAUGUCGAAAGGGUCGAAGGUAUCUCCUUGGACGAGGACAAGCCAUUGUCCGUUGUCAAAAAGACAGCACUUUCCAACAGGGUAUCAUCCGGUGCCAAGCUUGGCGCAUCCAUCGAGCCGCCGAAACCCGAGUAUGAUUGGUUCCCCUUCUUUUUGGGAUGCGAUAUCGCGCCUGGCCUUUGUGAACGUUACGCACAGGCUUUCACCAGGGAUUCGAUGGACGAAAGCGUCCUGCCAGACGUUGAUGCCACUAUACUGCGUAAUAUGGGCAUCAGAGAAGGUGAUAUCAUCAAGAUUAUGAGGUUCUUGGAUAACAAGUAUGCACGAAAGAAGAAGGGCGAGGAAGAAUCAGGGGGCCUUUUCUCGGGACCUGGCGGCGCGCUCAAGAACAACACAACCAGGGGUCGCCCCAAGCCAAACUCGCAGACCAGCGACGUUGUUGACCCCAAAGCUUUCACGUCGCAAGCCACAGGGUCGAGUGCGACUAAUGCGAAGUCCUCAGCGCCGCCGGUCAUGACACCUGCAUCAGCCACAGGGACAACGGCCAGUGGCUUUGACGACGAUGCAUGGAAUGUGAAGCCUUCGAGUAAACAGACUUCGGCUGAAACGGCGGCCCAAGCUCCCUCGCGUUCGGCCGAAGCUCCAAGCUCUGCCACAGCUGCUCCCGCUCCCGCUCCCGUCCCCGCCACAACUCCUGCCCCCAAGCCUAUGGUGCCUGCUCCAACAGGAGCUAUGCAAGAACUCUCCCUCCUAACCCAACCUCUGCAGCCUGACAAGACUGCAACACCCAUCCUUGAGACUCCUGUACAGCAGCAACCUCAGCAGCAGCAGCAGCCUCAACAGCAGCAGGGAGCGACGCCGUCUUUCUUCUCUACCAUCACACAACAGCCCACAGGCGCACCGUCGGCCAACGGCCAGCAGCCGGGAUCUAUGCCACGGCUGAGGCCGGUCGCCCCUCAGUAUACCCAAGGACAGGGCGCUCUUGUGCCACCACCUCCUUCGCGCCCGCUGUCAGCACCACAAUCGGCUCAACCGAGCGCUUUCACGCCGCCGCCUCUCCAGCCCCAAAUGACAGGACACAUCGCUCCACCAGGCCAAAGCCUGAACGAGAUCAAUCAGGCGAGGCUACAGCAACAAUAUGCCCAACAGAUGCAGCAAAUGCAGCCGAUGGGCGGCAUGCAAGGAUUCCAGCCGCAGCCAACAGGGCAACCUGGCAUGAUGAUGCCGUUCCAGACCGGUAUGCAACCACAGCAGGGCUUUGGUGCCGGGCUUCAAAACCAGUUCAUGCAGCCGCAGCCCACUGGCAUGAUGGCUAUGGGAAUGAACAUGGGCGGGCCACAGCAAAUGCAAAGCCCCUUUGCCGACCCCAACAGGCAGUCUACAUUCUCUCCGGUUCAGAUGCAGCCUACCGGACUUCAAGGCGGAUAUAACCCCAUGCAACAGCAGCAACAAUUUGGCAUGCCACAGCAAACAGGCGGUGGCAUCAACAGCUUCCUGCCGCCGGCGAUGGAACCUCAGCGCACUGGCAUGCCGCAGAUGCCGCAGAUUCAACAGCCCCAACAGCUCCAACCACAACAGACGGGGACUCACUUCACUCAUGGCUUCGGCAAUGCGGGAAUGGCGCCUCUGCAGCCGCAAAAGACUGGCCCUCCGCCUCCAGUUCGCUUUGGUAUUCAGGAUGCGCCAAAGCUUGCACCACAGCCCACCGGGAGACGGGCGAACCUGUCUGCUGCUACGCCGCAGAAUCCAUUUGGCUUCUAA